AUGCAAGUGUUUUUCCGGCGACAAAUUGCCGAAAUUUUGACCAAUGGACGUCAGGCGAUCAGUGGAUUGAUCAAACCUUCCAAAAGUUCCAGCCACAUGUCGCGCGUUCUGGAGUCUGCCGCGGAAACGGCUAGUGUGAUUUCGGUCCACAAUCCCGAGGGUGCAGUGCUCGUUCAAGUCGGUUCGGUUGGAAUCCGUCCCAAUCGAGAAUUGGAGUCGUUGCCCGGUUGUAUGCACACUCUGUUCUCAUCGAUCGAGAAUGACGCUUUGGCUUUCAUCAGCGACUGUGAGCAAAUUCAACCGUUGCUGGUCAUGCCUCUGUUGGUCGCGUUCUCUCGUGCAUUGGAUAUGGAGUUACAACAAUCGGGAAUGGAAUCGGCCGAGAAACUAUCCCGCGAACAGGCACCGUUCAUGGUGUUUCUGUUAAGUCAUUUGACCAUGGUCGCAAAACGUGCUUUCAAUAGAUACGUGGAACGUCUAAUCAACGUAUUCGCGGAGGGUCGCCCAAGUAAACGCAGUCGAUGCGGUAUUCUUCGCAUUGUGCACACCUAUGUGGAAUUUGCUGAAUGCUCCCUUGUCGUGUUUUCGCAAAGUCAACGAUUGGCUGAUUUGGAACGGGCACAUGGGGAACUGAUGCCACCCUUGGAUGAUUAUCUUCAAGAAGUCAAACGUCGCUACAAUCGAGCCCUUCAGGAAUACACGAAGAACUCCAUGGGUCGGCCAUUGGAGAAGCUUGCAACAUUUUUUGAAGGCGUCCAGACAGCGUUGGAUGCUGGUGUGCGACCGGAGGUGAUUCAAUAUCAAUUUGCAUUUUCUAAGCAAGAGCUCAAAAAAGUUAUCAGGGAAUAUCCUGGCAAGGAAGUUGUAUGGCGAUCCAUUCAGAAUGAGUUUCUUGAUCAAUGCGGCCGUUUCAAUGUGUUAAUUGAUCAGUGCUAUCCGGAUUCAAGUAUCACCCUAGAGUUCACUCGAACAGAUUUGGAGAACUACUUCCGUGAGAUCGCCCCACCUCGCUGA